AUGCUCCUCACCUCCCUCCUACUGGGCCUCUCGACUUGUGUGUCCGCCUCUCGGGGACAUGGCCAGAACUCUACCUUCUACAACCCCAUCUUCCCCGGCUUCUACCCCGAUCCGAGCUGUAUUUAUGUCCCUGAGCGUGACCAUACUUUCUUCUGUGCCUCGUCAAGCUUCAAUGCCUUCCCUGGCAUCCCAAUCCAUGCUAGCAAGGACCUGCAAAACUGGAAGUUGAUCGGCCAUGUCCUGAACCGAAGAGAACAGCUUCCUCGCCUAGCUGAGACCAACCGGUCGACCAGGUUCUACGAUGAUACUUUCUGGCUGGUCACCACGAUGGUGGAUGAUGACCGAGCCCAGGAGGAUUCCUCCAGGUGGGAUAACAUUAUCUUCAAGGCCAAGGAUCCUUACAAUCCCAGGUCAUGGUCAAAUGCCGUCCACUUCCACUUCACUGGUUAUGAUACCGAACCGUUUUGGGACGAGGACGGAAAGGCGUACAUCACUGGCGCCCACGCCUGGAAGGUUGGUCCGUACAUUCAGCAGGCCGAGGUGGAUCUCGACACCGGGGCAGUCGGGGAAUGGCGGAUUAUCUGGAACGGGACCGGUGGAAUGGCUCCGGAAGGGCCACAUAUUUACCGCAAAGAUGGCUGGUACUACCUGUUGGCUGCCGAAGGGGGCACCGGAGUGGAUCACAUGGUGACCAUGGCCCGGUCAAAGAAGGUCUCGGGGCCGUACGAGUCGUAUUCUAAGAACCCAGUGUUGAGCAACGCCAACACGACGAGUUACUUCCAAACCGUUGGCCAUGCUGAUUUAUUCCACGACCGCAAUGGAAACUGGUGGGCGGUUGCCCUGUCCACCCGUUCCGGGCCAGAAUACCUCCACUACCCCAUGGGCCGCGAGACCGUCAUGACCGCCGUCAGCUGGCCCAAGGGCGAAUGGCCAACAUUCACCCCCAUCUCCGGCAAGAUGAGCGGCUGGCCGAUGCCCCCCGAGCAAAAAGACAUUCGCGGCGUAGGGUAA